AGAGAGGGAGGGAGAGAGAGAGAGAUGGAGAUGACAAUGGAGGGAUAUUGGUGGUGGGUGACAUGGGCUAUCGGUGGAGUGCCUUUGGCAAUUUGGAUUCUAUGGUGGUGGAAUGAGCUCCGAUAUGUAUUACCUCUGAAACUUACAAACUCAGCUUUAAAGCAUUCAAAACUUCCUCCUGGUCACAUGGGUUUUCCUUUCAUCGGAGAGAUGCUCUCUUUCAUCUGGUACUACAAGAUUGUCAGUCGCCCAGAUGAUUUCAUCGAUGCUAAGCGAGCUAAGUAUGGUGAUGGAGCAGGGUUAUAUAGAACAUAUCUCUUCGGCUUUCCAUCUAUCCUUGCUUGCACUCCGGCUGCAACCAAGUUUGUGUUCCACUCACAUCUUCUGUUUCCCCAUAGAUUCUCAACAAAGGAACUGGUUGGCCCUAAUUCUAUGUUGGCAGCUACUGGGGAUUACCAUGCCAGGAUCAAAUCCCAUGUCACUGCUGGACUCGUUCAUACUAAUUCUCUCAAGAAAUUCCUUCUCGUCGCUCAACCAGGCAUGAAGGCCUCUCUUGAAUCAUGGGCUCAAAUGGGUACCAUCAGAUCAUUUGAUGUUGUCAAAAAGAUGGUAUUUGAGAACAUUGCUGAAUUUUUUGUUAGCAUCAAACCAGGACCUCUUUUGGAUGAGCUUCUUGGUUAUUAUAUUGAUAUGUUUAAAGGGUUUAAAGCACGCCCGCUUAAGAUCCCAGGAACUACAUAUUACCAUGCUCUUCAGUGUCGGAAAAAGGUGCGUGAAAUCUUUAAGAUAGAGUUGGAGAAGAGAAAACGAGAUAGAAAAGAUGGUGAAUACAAGGAUUUGAUAGAUGCUUUAUGGCAAAUAAAAGAUGGGGAGGGAAAUGUGCUAAGCGAUGAAGAGGUUCUCGAUAACAUAUCGUCACUUAUUCUUGGAGGUUAUGAAAGUUCUUCUGGUGUUGCCGCUUGGGCUAUGAUUUAUCUUGCUAACAAUCCAGAUGUUCUCCAGAAACUUAGAGAGGAGAACAUGGAAAUAAGCAAAACAUUAAGUGAGGGAGAACUGCUUACUCUAGACCAUGUUUCAAAAAUGGUGUAUACGAAGAAGGUGUUUGAAGAAUCAGCAAGAUUGGCAAACACAACUGGCUUCCUUUUCAGAGCUGGUGAUCAAGACGUUGAAUACAAAGGUUAUUUAAUACCAAAGGGUUGGAAGGUAAUUCAAUGGAUUCGAUAUGCUCAUGAGAGCUCGGAAUACUUUGAAGACGCAAUGACUUUUAAUCCGGAUAGAUGGGAC